CUUUGUUCAAAAAAUCUUAAACAAUUGUUACUAUCUCCCAAAGUACAAGUCAACCUUAUACUUUACUUUAGCAACAAUUUUUACAAAGAUAAAAAAUAUAUAAUGGAUAAUAAAAACAAACAAAAGAAAAUAAAUAAGUAGCCGAACAGCUCAUUCAGUCCCUCAUUCAUCACAAGCGCCCCGCCCUACACAACGGUGUUGCAUUGUCAGUGUGACCUGCCCAAAAUCUAAAUUGUCAUAACAAAAUAUUUUUUAAUAAAUUAUUCAGAGUAAUUUUCCGUUGACGAUGAAAGUUACACAGCAAGUGAGGAAGCGAAUGUCUUUUCUAACACCCCUUUCUACAAUGGGUGCUAAUAGAUAUACAAAAGCACCAUUUUAACUAUUUAUAUUAAAAAUUAGAUGUGCAAUAGUUAAAUAAUGGCGAACUAAGGCUUGUUAUUGUAUUUUGAAUAUAAUCAGAAUUUUACGCAAAUUGCAUUCAGUCUAACGAGUGUUUGGGAGGUAUUAUUUGAAGCUGUCGUUGUUUUUUCCAUUUUUUGUUUUGCCUUAGUUUUGUGCAAAUUAAUUGAAUAAGAAAUAAAUCAGUUCUUAUAGUGACAAAGAGAAAAAGAAGAACAAUAAAAUGUGAUUAGAUUUGGGUAUGUGCACGAGCGCAUGCAAAUAAAUACAAUACAAGUACAUAUAUGUAUGUACGUAGAUAUUUAUGAACAUAUUUCGUUGCUGUUUGACAUUUCAUGCUGAAAUUCAGUCGAAUAUUGUAGCAUAAAAUUUGCAAACAUAAAAAAUAAAUUCAUACAAAUACUAAAUGGCAAGUGCAAGUGUAACGGUAUCAUCUAUCAAUGAAUCUCAACCAAUAUCGGAAAUUAUGCUCGACAACUUUGCAGACAAAUUUAAUCGCACUCAGGAUUAUUAUGAAAAUCAUAAUAUUACAAGCACAUCAUCGUCCGGACCGCCAGCGAUAACGACAACAAUGCGACCAGACAUUGCACUGUCACGUUUGGCGCAAAUCAUAUUCACAAUGUCCACAACGACAAUAAAUUCAAUGGAUAAUGUUACAUCAUACCCAUUGCUGACGGAAAUGACAAAUGAAACGUUUGCAGCAACAACAACAAUUGAUGCUAUUGCACUUGAACACGCGCCACAAUUCACCCAUACGACCAUGAUAAAAGUGUGUGUAUUGGCCGUUAUGGCGGUCUUCUCAAUGCUGGGUAAUAUUUUCACCAUGUGGAAUAUCUACAAGACGCGUUUCAAACGGCGGAGUAUGCGUAAUUCAUGGAAUGCCAUUUACUCACUCUUAUUCCAUUUAUCGAUAGCUGAUUUAUUGGUAACUGCUUUUUGUAUUAUCGGCGAUGCUGCUUGGGCUUAUACGGUACAAUGGCGGGGUGGUGACAUGUUGUGUAAAUUGGUUAAACUCUUUCAAAUGUUCAGUUUAUACUUGUCGACGUAUGUGAUGGUGCUGAUCGGCGUGGAUCGCUGGUUUGCUGUCAAAUUCCCGAUGCGUUCAUUAUACAUGACAAAGAGAUGUUAUCAGUUCCUUGGCAUUGUGUAUAUGGCGUCAUUUAUUCUCAGUGUGCCACAGUUUUUCAUAUUUCACUUAUCGCGCGGUCCCUUCGUGGAAGAGUUUCAUCAAUGCGUGACGCAUGGCACCUACACAGCGCCGUGGCAGGAGAAGAGUUACACAACAUUUACGCUCUUCAGCACUUUUGUAAUUCCCCUCGCCAUACUCACUGUCACCUAUGUAUCGACGUUUCGUGCGAUUUCGGAGAGUGAGAAAAUGUUUUUGGGUCCACAACAGGACGCGCACGCCAGCGCCAAUUUAAUGCAUACAAAUCGACAGCGACUCAUACAUCGCGCCAAAGUGAAUUCGUUUCGCCUGUCCUUUGUAAUCAUAAUUGCAUUUCUGAUAUGUUGGCUACCCUAUUGUACGCUGAUGGUUCUCUUUCAGUUCGUCAACAUCGAUGAAGUGACAAGUAGAAGAUUAAUCGAUGUCAUAUUCUUUUUUGGCAUGUCGAAUAGUUUGGUGAAUCCCCUCAUUUAUGGUGCUUUUCAUUUAAACGGCUUUGAGAGGAAAACCAGUGAUAAGGGCGGUGGUAAUAGCUUAAAUAGAGCUGACUCACAACGCAAUCCCUCCGUGUUAACAGCUCUAACACAAGUCGACGGAUAUGGACGGAGCACACGUAACAGCCGCAAGGCCAGCUACUACCGUACCCAACACAGUUUGAAUAAUUCCAAAGAACAGGCCAGUCUACUGCAGAUGAGCCCCGCCACAGCGAUUGUGCAUAAAUUCAAUUCCAGUCAAGUCAAGUCGGAACGAAAUUCGUUGGGUUCAUCACCACAGACACAAUCGGAAAAUUGCGAACCAGAUCCUUUUGAGCAAUGUGGCAAUAGUUGUGGCGGCGGGGGUGAUGGUGUAGGUGUUGGUGUUGGCGAGGCUGCCACCAUCAAGCGAGAUGCUAAUACACAUAACGCUGUGGUGUAUAAUUACAAAAAUUCAAAAUCAACCAUUUUGCACGCAAACACUUUGGAAGAUUUGGAAAAUUCGCUGGGUAAUCGUAUGCAAACGUCGAAGGUGAACGCAGCGGUAGCACCUGUGUCCGAGAAUGGUUUUCAUCGGUCGGUGUGUGUGUUGAGCAUUGAGGGUUGUAAGAUAUGCACGGAUGAGGAUGUGUCUAAUGUGUAAGUGUAUAGGUAAGUAGAUAAAUAGGUGAGCAGGUGUAUAAAAAAUGUGUAUGUAUGUGUGUGUGUGUGCGAUUUCCAUAACAAAAACUUUUAAAAAGAAAGCUCCUCAUUUAAAUAUUCCAUUAUGAAGUGUGUGCCUGUGUGUGUGUGUGUGAAAAUGUGUGUCGAUAGCCAUGUAAGUAUGUUAACAACUUCUACAUUUGCAAGUAAAUAUGGAUGGAGUACAGUGUAGGUAUGUAAGCAUUAGGGUGUUUCUAUAAAAAAAAUUCAGGAAAUUAAAAAAAAAAUAAAAAAAAUUAAAAAUAAAAUAAAAUUCAAUUUUAAAUGCAAGACUCCGGCGCUUUUAAAUGCAUUGGUGGAGGUGAAAAAGUUAUUAUAAUUUUAUGAAGAUAAAUUAAUAAAUCUCAUUCCCAUUAAAAUCGUAUACUUUUUGUUGUAAUUUGUAUUUAUACUAUACAAAAGUAAGGAACACCCUAAUAUACGUACUUAUAUCUGUCCUAUAUACAUACAUUUUUACUUUCCCGACAAUAUGUUUGAAAAUUUUCAUUAACUUCA